UCAGAACGUCCAAAACACAGCACCCCCAGCAGCCGUAAGUCAUCCGGAGAUGAAGAUAAAUUGUUCAUGAGCAGCAUGGCGAGGAGGAGACUGCAAGAGCUCCGAGAAAUCGAUCCUACAAAGGUUGAUGUUUCCACCGGACUACAAUGGAUACGUCUAGAACUUCACGAGAUGCGAGAGCAAGAUAAAGCUCUUUUCCUACAACUCAUCAAGUUACAUUCAACAAUUAAAGACCUACGAAGUGAAUUAAACUGUGUUGGGUGUGAGACCGACUGGUCGUACGACGACCUGAACGAUGCAGCCUCACUGUGGUGGCCUCGAUACAGCAGCACUGGGGGCAGCAGUAGCGUGACUGUUCUACCCGAUUUCUCGUCGUCAGAUGGCGCCCAAAUGCUGCGAAAAAAACGACCUAACUUCCGACGUGGGUUUUCAUUCAAUGCACCUCGACCGGGUAGAUUUGGAGGUCAUUUAGCCCCACUUUUAUCAAACGGUGAUGCAACUCCGUUCCUUUCGUUGUCUUCUUCGUCCUCGUCAAUUAGAAGCGCCACCGCAUGCUGACCUCAGCAUUUUAAGCGACAAACUUGUUCUGUUGUGCCGCCACUUAUGCAGGCCUAAUUUAUAAUGUAGUACGAUGGGGGGAGAUGGGACACCAUUUUAUUUUCUUUCCUCUUCACAUUUGGUAGUAAACAAAGAACAUUCGAAGAAUUAUAAAACCGUAUCUUCACGACUUCCAUAUAGACCGUUGUUAAUUGUUUAAAACAUAAUCAAGAAAUUUGGAUAUUAUGUGCUAAAGGUGUCCCAUCUUUUCCCACAGUACUAUAUUACUAUUAUGCUUUUUUUUCUAUGUGGUAUACGAAUACCCGAAUAAUAUUUUACAGCAUUUGGUUUUGAGUUUUAAAGUUAAUGUUUAAAUCGGUACACUUGUUGUCUUUAUAGUUUAUAUAGGUCAAUGAAAAUACAUUGCGUCCGUUGGUAUAUAUUGUA